AACGACACAUGGUCAUGUGAUCAGUCAAAACCUUGUAAAACCAUUUCACGGGCUGUUGAGUUAGCGUCAAGUGGGGAUCACAUUCUGUUGGAUGGCAAUAACACUGACAAAGAUCCUUACAACUGUCAGUCAAUGCCACCAGAGCUUUCAGGAGUUCAGAUCAAUAAGAGUUUGUCUAUUAUGGGAUAUGGCAGUCCAAUGCCUCACAUACAAUGCAAUAAAGGAGCAGGUUUGCAGUUCAACGGUUCUAAUAACGAGCAGCAAAUGAAUGUAACUUUAUCAAGGUUACUUGUAAGUCAAAGCUCUAUCAUGGUCCAGGAUUCUUCUGUUCGUAUCGAUGGUUGUAGAUUUGAAAGAAGCAAGGGUGUGGUGAUCAACAUUCGUUCCAGGUUAAUAUUAAAUAUUCUGGUUAGGAAUUCGAUCUUUUAUAAUAACAGUGCAUGCAUCUCAGUCGUCGUGAAUAGUACAAAGAAACAGUCAAAGAAGAUUCAAGUAGUUUUCAAAAUGAGAAAUUCUUCUUUUUUAUAUAGCAAUGUACGGAAAGAUAUGGGCAAAUGUAUUUCGUUCACGGAAUCACAGAACAGUAGCCAGUCUGUAAGCUGCGAUAUCACCUUGGAACAUACAACUUUUUCCGGCAACAAAUUUAUCUUACCACAGGGUCUUAUUUCUUUAGAGAUCAACAAUGGCAGCCAAAGCAUACAAUUCAAAAGUGUGACUUUCUUUGACAAUGAUAUUCCAUCAACGAGAGAGGAUUUGAUAAUUGACAGUGUAUUAUGCAUUGUUCGCGGCACCGAUGUAAAUAUUUCUAUAAGUUCGAGCAAAUUUAGCAGUGAGUAUGCUAAAGUACUCAAUGGAAGUGCAGAGGAUAUUUCUUUUCACAUCUACAACUCCACUUUCCGUGGUCACAGAGGACGUGCUAAUGGCGGAGUCAUCUCUUUACAAGGAACUAACUUAUGCAAGUUGAACGUAUCAAAAUCAUCGUUUGCAAACACAUCUGCUGUUGUGGGUGGAGCAAUCAGCAUUGAGUGUUUCAUUAUUGAUGCUGUCAGCCUUAACCAGAAUAAUUUCACAAACAACACAGCAUCUAAUGUUGGGGGAGCGCUAUAUAUCAAGGCUUUUAGGGCCUCAGUAGUACUGCGGCAUUUAACUUUUACCAACUGUAAAACUUUCAGUGUUGCUGGAAGUGGAGUUUUAAUAGACAACAGGCUCGAGUCACGAAACAGAAAGCCUGAAAACGAAUUGGUAUUAACGGUGGAGAACUGUCAUUUUGAAGAAUGUGUGACUGAGGGUGAUAUGUCUAUUAUUAUUGGUGGGUCUUUGACUGUGUUUUAUAAAACACAAAUUAAUAUAAACAUUAGUAACAGCAAUUUUAUUUCCAAUUAUGGCGCUCUAACCAUAGCACCUUUUCCAAACUUAUCUGAAUUGACAGCAAACACAGGCAGUAAGUCGAUUAAAAAGAGCUAUGUGAAAAUACAAAACACCAUAUUUUUGCACAAUAGUGGCCUUAUUAUUGCUCCCGUCUUAAUAUAUGUAUCCAAUCAAAGUGUCGUUAUUUUUCAAAAUGUGACUAUGGAAUCAAAUAAGGUGUUUUCUAAUGGCUUGGGAGGAGCUGCCUAUGUCGGAAUUGAUUGUUUUCUUACAAUACAAAAGUGUCGAUUCUCCGAGAAUACGGGGGAUAUUGGAGGUGGCGCAUUGUAUGUUGCCGUUAACUCGCUCAUUGUCAAAGAUUCAUUUUUUGUGGGCAAUAAAGUUUCAUUUUUAGGUGCUGGAGACGGAGGCGCUCUAUUUGUGUUCCGUACUGAAACCGUUGUCAUCUUCAACACCAUAUUCAGGAACUGUUCGGGAUCUUCUGGAGGUGCUAUCUCAGCAGUAUUUUGUGGUAAUAUAACAAUCAAAAAAAGUCAAUUCGUAGAAAACAAUGCAGGUUACGUAGGCGAACAAGGGUUUGGCGGAGGGGCCAUUAACUUAAUGGACUGUCAAGUGAUAUUUGAAGAAACAAGGUUUCAGAGAAAUACAGGCCUUUUGGGUGGCGCUGUUUAUUUACAAAGUGGUUCAGCAGCAUUUAAAAACUGUUAUGCUGUUGACAACUUUGCAACAGCUCAAGGUGGGUUUUUGUACGGACACCCUGCGGGUAUGAAAAAUGUUGUUAUACAAGACAGUGCUCUAAAUCAAACUAUAACAGGGUUGAAGAAUUUUGGACUUUUGCACAAAGAAGCGUCAUUUAUACAUGGAAGUAGUAUAGAGGAAUUAAAAAUAUUUAACACCACAAUGGAAUCUACACCAUAUGACAGUAAUGGUCUUCUACUGUUGGUCACAAAUGUGACAGUCAUGGAUUUUGGAAAAGACAACUCGACUAUUUUAAACUGUCCUGUCGGGAAUGAGAUGGAAAUUCUUAGUUUUACUACGAGUAAUUAUCAUACCGCUAAAAGCACUUUCGCUUGGCAGUUUAGCUGUUCAGCCUGUACAGGCAAUUCCUACAGUCUACAGCGUGGUCGUGCUGUUGGAUCUUAUGUUGUACCAGGAUUUCAGUGUCUUCCAUGCCCGUUUGGAGCAAACUGUUCUCAAAAUAUAGUAGCCAAACCAAACUUUUGGGGUUUUAAAGAGACGAUUGCUCCACCAACUCUCAAAUUUACCACGUGUCCUGUUGGUUACUGUAGUCCGCCUAACAAAACAGAGUUUCCCAAAUACAAUGGUUGCCAAGGUAACCGUAGUGACAAAUUAUGUGGACACUGCAGUGAUGCUUACUCGGAGACACUUUACUCUGCAGCCUGCAGACCCUCAAAUGAGUGCAAUGACUAUUGGUUUUGGCCUGUGGCCUUAGUCUACGUAUCGCUAAUGGCAUUUUACUUGACAUUUAAACCUCCUAUAAUACCUUGGAUUAUGCGUCAAAUCAAGUGGUUUAAAACCAACGAUACGCCAGACGGGGAAAGUAAGAGCGACGGAGGUUAUGUUAAAAUAAUCUUCUAUUUUUAUCAGGCAGCGGACCUUCUCCUUGCCUCAAACACAUCACUGCGUUUUGUAGAGGGUAAAUCAAAGGACAUUCUUGUUGGAGUGUUCAGCUUUCGACAAUCUUUUUCAUCAAAUGGACUGAUUUGUCCCUUUCCAGGCCUAACAGUAGUAACGAAGCAGUUAUUUUCGGCCUCUUACGUAUUUGGCACAUGCCUUAUGAUAGGUGUCUUUUAUUUCUUGCACAAGGGAGUUCAAAGGUGUCGAAAAAAAGAGGCCCCAACUUUUUCUCCUUAUAUGGCUGGCAUUCUACAGACAAUGUUGCUAGGAUACAAAACGCUUGCUUCAGUGAGUUUUGAACUCUUACGAUGUGUGCCAAUUGGCUCAGAGAAACUCUUGUUUUUGGAUGGAAACAUUGUCUGUUUUCAAUGGUGGCAAUAUAUUCUGAUUGCUUAUGUCGUGGCUUUUGUCAUGCCGUUUGUUUUUGUCUUAAUUUUGGGUUGUUAUAAGUUGCACAACGGAAGCCUAUCUGUGACGAAAUUUCCAUUGGCUUGCUUUUUUCCAUUUCCUUUUCUUCUUUAUUGGCUAUUCCUAUUUCUGGUUUGUGUAAAACGAAAUGCGGCCCAAACAGACACAGCCACGAGGCGAAUGUCCAAUAGAUCUGUGGAGACGACACUUUUUGGCUGUUUCAAGAAGCCUGCGGAAGGGAGCACACUUUCUUUGAGCUGGGAAAGUGUUAUGAUCGGACGCCGGCUUAUUCUCAUUUUGCUGAAAACAUUUGUCAAUGAUCCAAUGCCUCGUCUUCUCAUUAUGAGUUUCCUUUGUGUUUUGUUUCUCCAACAUCAUUCCAUGACUCAGCCGUUUCGAGAUGUCAUUGCCAACAGAGUUGAAACCAUUUCGUUACUGUCUCUUGUCCUCUUGGGAGUGGUAAACAUGUUUUUUGCUUCCUUUGUAUCUUUGGCCGUUCCAGCGACCGAUCGUUUUAAGUUCUGGUGGUAUUUCUGUGAAGUAGUGGAAACCAUCAUUUUAUGUGCAGUACCUGCUAUUAUUAGUAUCUUUGUAAUUAAUGCUGCUUUAUCGCUGGUGAUCCGCUUUCUUCGCGCUUGUUUCAGGUGCUGUUACAGUAAAGUUAAACAAAGUGAAGAUAUGAGGCCACUUUUGUCCUGGACAAAUUAA